AAGAUGGUCUUGGUCAUCGGGGGUGGCGUAAGCGGUCUCAUGACGGCGUGGAUCUUGUUGGACAAGGGAUACCGCGUCACAAUUGUCGCCGAGGAAUGGCGCCAGCGAGGCGACAAAAGCCCCGACAAGAAGGCCGACCGAAUGACGUCCCAGAUUGCCGGCGCCCUAUGGGAGUAUCCUCCAGGAGGAUGUGGCCUAUCCGAGAUCGAGGUCCCAGUGCUCGCCUAUUCGACCCUGGCGCAGUAUCGGACCUGGGCGUUGCAGAGCUUCCUGUUCUACAAACUCCUGGCAGAGAACGACAGCCUGGUGGCAGAGAAGAACCGGUUCGGAGCGCGGAUGAUCACCUUAUACCAGUUCUUCCAAAAACUACCCGCUCCGCCGCCGUCGGAGGACCAAAACCCCCAAGGAGAGCGAACCCAAGAAGCAGAUCCAGAGUGGAAAAAGGCCAAGAAUGCAAUCAAGUACGGGCCCAACGACUUCAAUAUACAGUGGGGCUACCGACAUCAAGCCCCGGUGGUGGACACCGACGUGGCCAUGGAGUUUCUUAUGAACCGCGUCCGGGACAAAGGCGCGACCCUCGAGACGCGGCACAUCCGAGAGGACCUACACCUCCAAGAACGCGAGCUGAUGGACGACUUCAAGGCCGACAUCAUCGUCAACGCCAGCGGGCUGGGUGCCAAGGUCCUCGCCAGCGACAACCAGGUCUUCCCCGUGCGCGGUGCGGUGCGGCGCAUGACGCUAGAUAACAACGACAACGCCGCUCUGGAUGGCAUGGAUUUGGUGCUCCUUCCCGCGCAGUACGAUACACGAAACCAGCCGGGCAAGACUGUCUUCAUCGUGCCGCGCAACGAAAAAACCACCGUCGUAGGGUCCAUCAUCCAACGGAACAACUGGGAUCUAGCCCUGACGCUGGAGUCGCCCGAGGUCGAGGACAUGUGGAAGCGUGCCCAUGGGCUGGUGCCGGCGCUGCAGACACGCAAACCUUCCGCCCGACCCCUGGCCCAGGGUCUCCGGCCGUUCUCUCACUCCAACGUCCGCGUGUCAGCCGACAACCGCACCGCCUCGUGCCGCGUUGUUCAUAACUACGGACACGGCGGUUCGGGAUGGACCCUCGCCGUCGGCUGUGCCUGGACCUGCGUGACAAUCGUCGAGAGGAUGCUUCACCGGGCCGAGGCGGGAUCUGUGGCCAACGCCAACGUCUGGGGAUUGGGCGGGCACCGAGGAGCUGAUUGAUG